GAUCCAAACCAUUCGCGAUUUCGAACUCGUGCCGAAAGGUUUGUGAAAAAACUGCAGACAAAUACGAAUCCGAGAACCCACGCGGAAGUCGAGCAAUUACCCGAGUUUAAUAAGAAAAAUAAAAGCUAUUGAAAUGCCCCAGCUACAGAAGCCCGCUCCCGAAUUCUCCGGCACCGCCGUCGUCAACGGUGUGUUCAAGGACAUCAAGCUUAGCGACUACAAGGGCAAGUACUUGGUGCUGUUCUUCUACCCACUGGACUUCACCUUUGUGUGCCCCACCGAGAUCAUUGCCUUCUCUGAGAGCGCCGCCGAGUUCCGUAAGAUCAAUUGCGAGGUGAUCGGUUGCUCCACCGACAGCCAGUUCACCCAUUUGGCCUGGAUCAACACACCCAGGAAGCAGGGCGGUUUGGGCAGCAUGGACAUUCCCCUGCUGGCCGACAAGUCGAUGAAGGUUGCCCGCGAUUAUGGUGUGCUCGAUGAGGAGACUGGCAUCCCAUUCCGUGGCCUGUUCAUCAUCGAUGACAAACAGAAUUUGCGCCAGAUCACCAUCAAUGAUCUGCCAGUGGGCCGCAGUGUGGAGGAGACCAUUCGUCUUGUCCAGGCCUUCCAGUACACCGACAAAUACGGCGAGGUCUGCCCUGCCAACUGGAAGCCCGGUAAGAAGACCAUGGUGGCUGAUCCCACCAAGUCCAAGGAGUACUUCGAGACCACCUCUUAAAGAAGCUAUCUAAUAACGGUGGACGGAGGGGGCUGCUCCUGGCGAGUGGGAGCGGAUUCGAAUCGUAAACCCCUACCGUCUAAGCCGUAUAUAUAUAUAUAUUAUAUAUCCUACAUAUUAACCCUAGAGCGUAGUGAGAAGAAACUGUGAGCCAUCUUUCCAUGCAACAAACCACAUGAAACCACACCUGCAGAUGCUAAGCGGAAAGUGAUUUAUUUUGUGUACUUUUUUUUUGUAAUUCACCACAAUAAACGAAUGUACGGAAGAAAA